AUCAAAGUGGUCACCCAACCGCACACUGACCACACCUAGUGAUGCUUGACGUCGGUGGGAACCAUGUCUUAACGAUCAGUCCACUGCGAGAUCAUCUAACUAGAUGAUAAUAGCUGUUAAUGCGAAUCAACAAGUAAGGAAAGCAGUAAUAAAUGAGUGAAAUCGAUGAAAAUACUAUUCGAUAUCAAAUCAAGAAACAUCUUUGUUGUCUGCAAAUGAGAUAUAUUUGAUUUUCUUGUACUUGUCGUGUUAGCAAGAAUGUCUCAUCGAAGGUUUUGUAAAUUUGCAAACACUAGUGACUAAAGCAAGCUAAAUAAUUUUCGGUGGCUUAAUUACGUAAUGUUUGGAUUCAAUCCGUGUGGUGUGAAAUUUCAAAAUAUCCUUGAACUUUUCCUAACAUACAAUGAUGAAAUUGUACUUAUAUUUUAAUUUCUCUUGAUAUCUUGAUGAAUAACAUAAUUUUAUUUCUUUUUUUUAAACUUUAAAUACGAAUGGAUAAGAAAAGAAGUGAUGUAAACAUGGGCAUUUAUGUGAUGUAAUUAAACUCCUAAGCAAAUAUAAUGUGGAAAAGAAUUUUAAAAUCUCAAAUAACUUUAACUAAGCAGCCUUGUUUUAAAGGACUUCCUACAAGUUAUAGAUCAACAUUUACUAAAUCAAAGCUACAAAGCUUCAAUAUGAUGGCUUACACUCAUCUAAAUCCAGCAUGUUGCCAAUUAUUUUUAAAAUCAACAAUCUCACAAGAAAAAAAUCAAUAUUCACUGCAUCAUGAUAAACCUACUAUAAUGGAAACCUUUGUUAAUAAAACCCCAGCCGGCGUUCAACCUUAUUUGAAAUUGAUGAGAAUCGAAAAACCUACUGGCACAUGGCUACUCUUAUGGCCUUGUUAUUGGAGUCUCUCUUUUGCAACUGCACCUGGUUGCUUACCUGAUCCAACUUUAUUAGCAUUAUUUGGUGCAGGUGCUGUUUUAAUGAGGGGAGCUGGUUGCACCAUAAAUGAUUUGUGGGAUAAAGACAUAGAUUCAAAAGUGUCUCGAACAAAAGACAGACCCCUUGCUAGAGGUGAUAUAAGUACCUUAGAUGCAUGGAUGUUUCUUGGUGGACAAUUGUCUUUAGCCCUUUUAAUUUUACUUCAGUUAAAUUGGUACAGCAUAGUUUUAGGAGCCAGUUCACUUCUACUAGUCAGUGUCUACCCUGUUGUUAAGAGAUUUUCAUAUUUUCCACAGCUGAUGCUUGGACUUACUUUUAACUGGGGUGCCAUGCUUGGUUGGUCAGCUUUACAUGGUUCUUGCCAAUGGUCAUCAGUUCUUCCCUUGUAUAUGGCAUGUGUUUCUUGGACAAUGAUUUAUGACACAAUCUAUGCACAUCAGGAUAAAGUUGAUGAUGUGUUAGUCAAAGUUAAGUCUACUGCUCUUAAGUUUAAAGAGAAUACAAAGUAUUACUUGACAGGAUUUUCAGUAUCAAUGAUAUCCUUUCUAGCUUUAUCUGGCUACACUUGUCACCUGUCAUGGCCUUUUUAUACUUCAGUGGGAAUCACUGCUGCUAUGCUUGCUUCUCAAAUUUCAACUUUAAAAAUUGAUGAUCCUGAAAGCUGUUGGAAAGCCUUUAAAUCGAAUAGAAAAAUUGGACUAGUCAUAUUUUUAGGUUUAGUUUGUGGUAACUUAUUUAAAGAAGAAUCAGAUUCCAAAAAGAAGACUAAUAUAAUAUCACAAGAUUCAUUUUUAUCGGAAACACAUCUUCCUAUAGCAAAGGCAUUUCAAUCUUAGUGUUAAUAUGUGACAUUAAAGUACUUUAACUGUUUAAAAUUUAUUUAAACAUUUUCACCAAUAUUUUAAAUUAUUAAUAAUUACAUUUGACAUUAAUUUUAUCACUUAUGAGUUACUGAUUUUUAUAUUGAUUUAAUUCUUAUUAAGGUAACUAGAAUAUUCAUAAAGUAAGUAAUAAAAUUGCAAAUUUGAUGCGUAUGAAUAAUUAAUUCCCUUUAAAAAGGUUAUUUUUUUCAUUAUACCUUGUCUCACGUGAGCAAGUUAGCUAAGGUGAUAAAUAAUCAACUAAUUUAUAAGUGUAUAAGAUAACAAGUAACUUUUUAAUUUUGAUGCCUAUCAACAUCUGAUAUGUUAAUAAGUUCUGUUACUUACAUAUGAGUAACUUGGAUACAAAACUUGUUAACAUUAUUUUGAUAAAAAAAAAUUUGUUAAAUAUUGUGCUAGAUUUUUACAUAAGUAUACAUUUUCCCUUCAAUAUCCAAUGAUUUGUUAUUUUAAUGCUAAAAGCAGAAGUUAGUCAUAUGCAUUAUUUGCAAAUUAAUUAAAAUUUUAUGUAGAAAUCAUUUUGCAUGUAAAAUACAACUGGAAUGCUGCUAAGCAUUUAAAACAAGUAUGUUUAAUUCAAAACAAUAUUCAGUAUUUUAUACCUGUUAUUUUCUAGAAAGCAUUUAAAUUUUAAAAAAUUCUAAUUUAUGAUUUUGAUUCUAAGAUAUCAAUUUACUGUUAUCAGUUAUAAUAAGUAGUUUAAUUUUUAGACAUUUAUACUUGUGAUACUUGCAUAGUCCAUUAUUGUUUGUAAAUAUGUAUUUAUUUUGCAUUAAAGUUAAAAAACUUGUU